GUUUUCCUUUCUGACAAACAGAGCGAGGCCGGCCUUGGAGGAGAUCCUGUGUGUCUCUGGGCUGCACAGAGGAGAGAGAGAGAGAGAGAGAGCGUGAGGGAGAGAAGAGUCACAUACAUGCGGCCAGAGACGCACAGAGAGAAAGACAGAAGCUGUCAGAAGAAGGAAUAAAGAAGAGGAGUGGAGGCGUGAGGGAGCUGGAGGAGCCGACUUAAUGUGUUUAUAUCACCUCUCCUUUUGACUGUGUGUGUGUGUGUGUGUGUGUGGACGGAGUGAUGGCCGAUAACAGCACUCAUCCCAUUCUGGAAAUACUGCAGUCCUUCGGCCUGAGGGAUCUGAUCCUGGCCUUCUGUCUCUCCAUGGUGGUUGGUUUGGUGUUGGGUGCCCUUGUUUAUUUGACCCUGACCUGGAUGUCUCGUCGACGGGCCUCUGCUACCAUCACCCGCCUGCCCUCUUCUCGCUCAUUCCGCUCCUCAUCCUCCUCUCCACGCUCCCGCGCCGCCUUCAGUCGCCACAGCAGCGCCUACGACCGCCGCAGCAACAAUAGCCUCGCCAGUGCAGCCUUCUCCUUCCACCGACAAGCCUCAUGUUCCUCACCCACGGGCGACCAGGCCGACCUGCUGGGCCGCAAGUCCAGUUUCAGAGCAUCCACCUUCCACCCGCUGCUGCAGUGCAGUCAGAUCGCCCGGGAAGCUGAGGAGGGCAGCCAAGGCAGCCUGCCUCGUACCCCCACCCUCACCAAUAACCCCACCACCACCACAGGUUCCACCACCACAGUCAGCUCCAUGGUCACCCCACCCAGAGCCAGACCAAGACCAGACUCUUUCUGGGGAAACAGUGGCAUGAGGGGCAUCCAGACUCCCCCACCCGCCUACGAGAGCAUCAUACGGGCAUACCAGGAAACCUGCACUUGAGCCAUAAUGACAGGAAGUUGGUCAGCGGACAGUGAGAACAUAAUGGCAAGACAUGGUCUGAAAGAAAUUAAAUAUGGUGGACAUGACAGACUUUUGAAUUAACCAGAUAUUGGAGAGUUUCUCUGAGAGUUUUUCAUACCCAAACAGUAAAUACCCAUGGUUCUCCUCUCAGAAUUAAAAAAUGAUUACAUAUAUAUUUUUCAAACAAUAUAACAGGGUUAUAAAUGAAUCAAAUCUAAGAAGAGUGCUUGGGAUAUUUACCCUUCUGCAGAGUUUUCCCAUGCCUGGCUAUCAUAUUUUAGGGCUGUGUAUAUUUAUGUGUGUGCAAAACAAUGAAAAAAGAGACAGAAUGAGACUAACGGCCAUGGCACACUGACCCACCGUCCAGUCCAAAAACAAAGUAUGAAUGGGGAGAAGAGCAUUCUGUAAACUGUGACAUUCUAGAACAGUGUGAAUGAUGGGAGAGCAUUCUACAUCAUGAAACGUGAAUAUGGGAAGAAAUUACAACAUUGUAUAAUUUCAGUGUGAAUACUGAAGGACAUUCUAGAACUAUAUGAAUGGGAACAUGUUCUACAAUAGAUUCAGGACAUUAUAUACUAUUUUUGUGGGAAUACAGGAAUGACAUUCUAUAAGUAUUUAAAUAGGGAAAAUUCUAAAAUUGUCUACACAGAUCAAAUUAUCAUAUAAUAAUUAGUGUCCAUGUGGAAGAACACUCUAGAACAGUCUGGAGAGAUCAGAUUAUCAUAUAAUAAUUAGAGUGUCCAUAUGGAAGAACAUUCAAGAACAGUCUGGAGGGAUCAGAUCAUCAUAUGACACACCAACUGAUUAUUUUGUUAUUUGUUGGGAAACACUUGGACACUGUGAUGUGGCCUGAAGACUGUUAUUAUAAUCUUCCAUCACUGGGUGAAAUUUAAACUGGACAUAAUGUUUUUACAGAGACAUUAUUCAGAAUAAUUGUUGCUUCUUUGUCACAAGACUGUAGUCAACAUAAUGUAUGAUUGACUUUUAACAAAGAUACAAAACUGUAUUGUAUUGCCUUGAUGUGUUUUCUGUCUCUCAAAGGAAGAGAUAAAUUAUUAAACAUCAUAUCAAGCUGCUACAGUUCAUAAAAUGUCAUGAUUAAGUGUGAAUUUAUGCUGAGCUCCAUAUAUCUUGGAAGUCUGAUGCUCACGCUGGGAAUGGCAUCACACCCAAUUCCCUGCAAUCCAGUUGGUCAGCUUUGUUUACCAGUGUUAUAUGGCCAAUUCAUCCAACACAUGUCCAAGAUUUUCAGUCUGUUGAAUUUGUAAUAUCCAGACUUCUGGCAGUAACUGACUGAAAAUAAAUUGAAACCAUGUAUAAAUAAAUACAAUUUAAUGUA